AUGUUCACAAAGAUCGCAGCAGUUGCUAUCUGCCUCUUCGGCUUGGCCCAUGCAGGAGCCCUUUACAACAGCGGCUACUCUGGCCAUGGAGGCUAUGGCGGCUAUGGAGGCUACGGCGCCGGCUAUGGUAGCGGCUAUGGAUACGGCGGUUACGGCGGUUACGGCGGCGGCUACGGUUACGGUGGUUUAGGCCCCGCUACCUCAUACACAUCAGUAACCAAAGUGGUCCCUGAUACCGGAGCUCACGGUGGCUACUACGGCGGCCAAGGUGGAUACUCUGGCGCUCUUGGUGGUUACAGUGGUCUCGGAUACGGCGCUCAUGGUUAUAACAGCCUGGGUUAUGGUGCUCAUGGUUACAAUAACCUCGGCUAUGGCGCUCAUGGGUACAAUGGUCUUGGUGAUGCUGUAUCCUCAGUGUCUGUUUACAAAGAGCAUUCUCCCAGCUAUGCUGGUCGUAGUCUUCCUGUGCGCGGCGAGCCUCGCCUCCGCUGGCCACCUUCUCGAAGCUGCUGCCCCUGUGGCAUACAGCUCAGCGCCUGCCGUCUCCUCCGUGUCAUUCUCCUCUCACACUUCGCACGCUCCUGUCGCCACAUAUGCCGCUGCUCCCGUCGUCGCCAAGACCUACGCCGCUCCCGCCUACGCUACGCUGCUGAGCCCGUCGUAGCUAAGAGCUACGCCGCUCCUGCCUACGCCACUUACGCUGCUGCCCCUGUCGUAGCUAAGAGCUACGCUCCAUCAGUGUCUUACCAAUCCAUCUCUACCCACUCUUCUCCCGUCGCGUACGCCAAGACCUACGCCGCCCCCGCGGUCACCACUUAUGCUGCUGCCCCCGUUGUUGCGAAGGCUGUCUCCCACCAGUCUAUCUCCAGCCACUCUGCUCCAGUCGUCCACACUUAUGCCUCAGCCCCUGCCGUAUACUCUGCCCCAGUGUACGCUAAAUCAGUAGCACCUGCUGUGUCCUACUCCUCAAUCUCCCACGCCGCACCAGUGACCUACGCCGCUGCCGCUCCCGUUGUCACCAAGACUUACGCCGCCCCCGCCGUCACCACUUACGCUGCCGCACCCGUCGUAGCUAAAACCAUUGCCCCAGCAGUGUCUUACUCUUCUUACUCGUCUCACUCAUCCCACUCCGCACCUGUGGCCUACGCUGCCGCUCCCGUGGUAACUAAAACCUACGCCGCUCCCGCAGUUGCCCACUACUCCGCCGCUCCCGCGGUUGCCCACUACUCCGCCGCUCCCGUAGUAGCUAAGACCUACGCUGCCCCGGCAGUUGCUACUUAUGCUGCUGCUCCCGUCCUGAAAUCCGCCGUGACUUACUCCGCCGCACCUGCCGUCUCCCACGUCACUUACUCCGGAAUCGGCGCCAACUACGGUUGGUAA